AUGACGGUCUUAAACAUUAUCUUCAGAGUCGAAGAGAUAUGCAAAAAGUACGACAAGUACGACGUCGACAAGCAGCGCGAGCUCGGUGCAUCCGGAGACGACGCUUUCUCCCGCCUCUUCAACUCCAUUGAUACCGAUAUUGAAUCGGUUGUACAUAAAGCGGAGUUGGCAUCUACAGAGACCAAUAGAGCUGCAGCUGUGGCCUUGAAUGCUGAGGUUCGAAGGACAAAAGCACGUUUGGCUGAAGAUGUUGUCAAACUACAGAAACUCGCUGUUAAAAAGGUCAAAGGGCUUACAAAAGAGGAGCGAGAGUCUCGAUGUGAUCUAGUUAUCGCGCUAGCCGAUAGGAUUCAAGUGAUACCUGACGGACAUGAAAGACAAACCAAUAAUGAAUGGGGAGGUGCUUCUGCCCCCAACAAGAACAUCAAGUUUGAUAUAUCUGAGGAAGACAUGGAUGAUGGGUUCUUCCAGCAAACUGAAGAAUCCAACCAGUUUCGACAAGAAUAUGAGAUGAGAAGAAAGAAGCAGGACGAGGGCCUUGAUGUUAUAUCAGAAGGUUUGGAUGCACUGAAGAACUUAGCCCGUGACAUGAACGAGGAACUUGACAAGCAAGUCCCAUUGAUGGAUGAGAUGGAAACAAAGGUUGAUGGAGCAACUUCGGAUCUGAAGAACACCAAUGUUCGGCUCAAGCAACAGCUUGUAAAGAUGAGAUCGAGUCGCAACUUUUGCAUCGACAUUAUUCUUCUAUGUGUUGUCCUUGGAAUCAUCUCCUACAUCUACAAGUAA